CCGCCUGCACCAGCUCCUGGCUAGUUCAGUAUUCUGCUGCAGAGUGGAGCCAGUGACGUCACUGCUGGAGCAGUUCCUUGGAGAAAAAUGGAGAGGAAAAUGCGAGGAUGUAACAAUAAGAGAUUGAUAUGUCUCCAUUAACAACUACGGAACUGGACAAUAUUACUUCCAGUCUGCUCUCCUGAUACCAUGCUGUCUGGGUUCAUGAUGAGAGGAGCACUGCCCCCCUUGGAAAGUGCGCUGAGCAGCUGGCUUCACGGUUGAUCGUGAGUGAGGAAUGGCCUCUCUGGACCUACCUUACCGCUGUCCACGUUGCGGGGAACACAAACGUUUCCGGAGCCUGUCCUCCCUUAGAGCCCACCUGGAGUACAGCCACACCUAUGAGACCCUCUACAUCCUGUCUAAGUCUAACAGUGUGAGCGACACCACCCUUGUCCCCUUGGUGUCUGACGGGCCCCUGCUGAGCCGAAAAGACGUCUUCGAGAGCACCUCUUUCAAGGAGCACCGCAACCCCUACGACUUGCCAUGUGCUAAUGACCUGGGCCUGAUCGCAGCGGCUGCUCGCUACAUCCCCAAUUUAGAGAUUCCCCUGAGCGACAUUUUUGUCAAGGAAGGAAUGACCUCCACCACACCUCCCACUCCCACUGCCGUCACAGCAGCUACUGCUGCAGCCAAUGCCGUGGAAGCCGCCUACGAGGAAGGGCUGGCCCGGCUGAAGGUGCGAGCCUUUGAGAAGCUGGAGCUAGACGAGCGGCUGGAAAAGCUCUCGGAGGAGGUGGAACAGAAGAUUGCGGCCCGUGUGGGCCGCUUGCAGGUGGAGCUGGAGAAGAAGAGCUCGGAACUGGAGAAGGCCAAGCAAGACAGCAUGAGGCUCGACCAGGAGAAGCAGGACCUGGAGAACAAGGCCUCGGAGCUCUCCCGCCAGGUGGACGUCUCAGUGGAAAUGCUGGCCACCCUCAAGCAGGACCUGGUUUCCAAGGAGCAGGAGCUCAACAGGAAGCAGCAGGAGGUGGCACAGAUUGACCAGUUCCUGCAGGAGACGGCGGCGAGGGAGGCCAACGCGAAGGUGCGUCUGCAGCAGUUCAUCGAGGAGCUCCUGGACCGGGCUGACCGCGCUGAGAAGCAGCUCCAGAGCAUCAGCAGUUGCAGCUCCACUCCCAACGGCAGUCUGAGCCGCUGCAGUGUGCCGGGAUGCAAGAGCACCGGCCGACAGAGGGAAAGAAACUCUGGCUCAGCUGUUUCUCAAGGGAUGUAUGAGGUGUCGGAUCGACGCUCCUCAGCAAGCACUGGAGCCUCCAGCCGGGUGAAGACGGUGUCGCAGAGCUCGGGGGGGUAUGACAGCGACAGCAUCGAGAUGCACCCCCUGAAGGAGUGCCCCGAGGCACAGUACUACCAUGUGCAGUGCCGCUCAGGGGAGGUGGGGUUUGAGAGGGCCAGCAUGUCACAGAGCUGGGGGCUGAGGAAACAUGCCAUCCAAAACUGGCAGCGGCGGCCCUACCUCAACAGCACCGAGGGGGAGGAGGGAGACGUGUCCGAUGGGGGCUCCCGUACCACCGAAUCCGAGGCUGAGGUCUGGGAGCAGAAGAGGGAGGCCUCUUCAGAGGCACAGCAGUCCAACUCCAACAAGGCCAGCGGGGGAUACAGGCUCGGCACAGGUCGGUCGGAGGGGGGGUAUAAGCCCUGCCGGCACGAUAAGCACAGCCCUUCCCAGUCGAACGAGGUGAUCAGCCCGGAGAUUCUCAAAAUGAGGGCUGUGCUGUUCUGCAUCUUCACCUACCUGGAUACCAAGACCCUGCUCCGGGCCGCCCAGGUCUGCAAGGACUGGAAGUUUGUCGCCCGGCACCCUGCAGUGUGGACCCGGGUGCUGCUGGAGAACGCCAGGAUAUCCUCCAAGUUUAUGACAACCGUGUCUCAGUGGUGUACCCAGACACACUCCCUCAUCCUCCAAAACCUCAAACCACGACAAAGGGUGAAGAAGGAGACAAAAGAGGAGUACCUGAAAAGCACACGAGGCUGUCUGGAGGUGGGGCUGGAGGCUCUGCUGAAGGCUGCAGGAGGAAAUCUGCUGAUCCUGAAGAUCUCGCACUGCCCCAGUGUGCUGACUGACCGCUCCCUGUGGCUGGCCAGCUGCCACUGCCGUGCUCUGCAGGCCGUAACCUACCGGAGUGCCACUGAUCCAGUUGGCCAGGAGGUGAUCUGGGCACUUGGGGCAGGCUGCAGAGACAUUAUUUCACUGCAGGUGGCGCCACUCCACCCAUGCCAACAGCCUGCUCGAUUCAGUAACCGCUGCCUUCAAACCAUUGGGCGAUGCUGGCCCCACCUGCGAGCUCUGGGUGUUGGUGGUGCGGGGUGUGGCAUCCAGGGCCUGGCAUCGUUAGCACGGAACUGCAUGCGGCUGCAGGUGCUGGAGCUGGAUCACGUGAGCGAAAUCAACCAGGAGGUGGCGGCAGAGGUGUGUCGAGAGGGACUGAAGGGGCUGGAGAUGCUGGUGCUCACCUCCACCCCGGUCACGCCCAAAGCUCUGCUGCAUUUCAACAGUGUGUGUCGGAAUCUGAAAUCCAUUGUGGUGCAGAUUGGGAUUGUGGAUUAUUUUGAAGAUCCUAACAGCCCUGAGGCCAGAAAACUCUUUGAGGAAAUGGUGAACAAACUGCAGGCGCUAAGGAAAAGGCCAGGUUUUUCAAAGAUUCUUCAUGUGAAGGCAGAUGAAGUUUGCUAACCCUGCUUUAAUACUGAUAAGACACACUUUACCUCAGAAAAACAAGACACAAUCUGAAUGCAUUCUUUGCAGCUUGCCAGGAAAAAACAAACAAACACAAAACAAAACAAAACAAGCAGCUAUGGCAUUACAAAUCAGUUCACACUGACUGCAGACACUGCUGGCUCAUAUUCUUUAAUAAUGGGAGCUUUUUUGUGCAAAUUGUUGCCAGUCCAGAAACUGUCCUCCUUGUAAAUCGUAUGGUGCCGGAGUGGGAGGAGCAUAGACUUGUAUUUCUAGAGAACAAUCACAGUGUACGUCUGAGUACUUUAUAUUGUUUCCAUGCUCUUGCGACUGGGAGAAAACCUUUGGUGGCAGUGAGCGUUCGAAAAGACGAAAUCCAUCCAAGAGACUUAGGGACCACCUCUCACCCCCUGCUCCUUGCCAAACAGACAAGACAAUAGCUUUCCUAAUAGCGCAGGGCAAUUAAACAUUUUCAACUCAGCAACCUUUAUAUGUCGUAUUAGUAUAGUCCAAACCAUGCUUUGUAACAGCAGUAUGUUUCAGCCACAUGGAAAGGAAUGAACUCUUUCUACUUCCCAAAAUACAAACCAGCAGGGACAACCAACUGCAAACCCAGUCAGUGCUUUCCAAGCUUCCUAAACUUGGUAUUCUUAAACUCAACUGGGAUUACUUCCGUGUUAAGCAGCUGACGGGACUACUGAGCUGAUUUUGAGGGAAUCUGGGGAAGUAAACUUCAGUGAAAGGUUUGUGGAUAAAACAUGUUCAUUCCUCCCCCUCUCUCCUCUUCCCGCCGAGAGAUCAUGCAAUCAUGAGACCAAAUCCACCUGUUCAGAGAGAGAGAGAGAGAGAGAGAGAGAGAGAGAAAACUGCGCUGGGAGGAUAGGCUGCAUUCGUCAAAAAAAACAUCUUAUUUUAUAAGGGGUGGCGAAGGGUUUCUUCCUCACUUCAGCUUGUUGAUGGUCAUCUGCUGCAUGCUAGUCACCUCGGCAGCCUAGUACAGCUCUGGCCAAAAGUUUUGCAUCACCCUCUCGAAUUUACUCAUUUUGUUUCAUUAAGGUGAAUAAAACCUGCUGAAUAAUGUUAAGUUAACAUAUGGAAUUACAUACCACUUUGUAGUUUUUCCAUAUACUUACUGCAAACUGACAAAAAUGGAAGCGUGACAUUCAAAAUCUAACAUGAAAUACUGUACUACUAUUAUGGCUUCUGACUUUUGCUACAUUUUGUAGUUUCUUUGAUUGCAUUAUGUUAAAUAAAAUAUUUAAAUUAUGUUCAUAUAGUUUUUUUUUUUUAAUUAUGUCUCAAUCCUAAAUUUCUAGGUGAUUCAAAACUUUUUGCCAAAGCUGUACAGUAUUGUACUGAGUCUCUGAAUACAAAGCAGAGUACACACCUGGUUUUCCUUCCUACAUAUCAGUCCACUGUGCUCUAGAUGCCAAUGAGUCCUAUAGAGCCCAUGCACUAUGUAGAGGUGCUGUCUAGAGAUGAGUGAACAAGUUCAGAUCCAAGCUCCUCUGCCUUGAAAUAAAAUAAAUACAUUUUAAAAAGCAAGCAAAUAAAUAAAUAAAUAGAGCACACAGGGAAAAGCAUCAGACCGUUUGUCUCGUAUCCUCAUUUUAUGAGCAUACUUAAAAAUACAUUAGGUACAUUAGCUACAAUGUAGCCGCACUGGGCGUUUUUAUUUAAUUUUUGCCCUAAAUGUGAAUGAACAGAAUUGAAUAAGGAAAUUAUGAAUUCCCGAAUGGUGAAAUAUCAAGGGAGCCCUGUACGUGUUUUGAAUUCUGUGUUACGUGCAUGCAGUGAAUAUUAGUAAAUGGUGACUACAUCUAGCAAUUGUACCUGUAUUUUAAAGUGUCUCCCAUUUCACAUGCCUAAACCUGAAUCUGAAAGGCGCCCAAUCUUUUCUGAAGUGUAGUAUAUAUCGCCCUAAAUUGCGAGGAGGGAAUAAUCUUUAAAAAAAAGUUAAUGUUUCGCCCCAAAUUUUGAAGCAUACAGAACAAACCUGGUAUUUUGUUAAUGCAUUGCCCGGACAUUACUGCGACAGGAGGCAGAACUUGCUAAGCAGUCAAGUGUUGGCAAUGGGGACCGAUUGUAACCCCAUAGUUUCCUUUUGUUCUAUUUUUGACAAUCAAUGGUAGGCAGAGGUAUUAGUGCCAUGUAUUCAUAUUAAAUUUAAUGCUGUAUUUGGUUCAAUAAAGGCCACACAAUUUGACAAGACCUUUUAUUGAGCUAGAGUUGAAAUCAGUAUCUCCACCCCUUCUCCUGAUUCUGUGUCUGUGCAGGCCCUUAACGUAAAAUACAAAUUACAAACAAAUAUCAAAAUAAAAAUCCUCCAAUUGGCACAUGCUCUAGCCAGGAGUCUGCUUAGCUGAGCAGUAUAUACAAAGACAGACCAAAUAUAAGAGUUUAGUAUUAAAUUAGCAGUUAAUUCAAUUAAUUAUUUAUUACAAAUGUGUAUCAAAUACAGUAUUACAGAAAGACCUAUAAAGAAAGAUAACAUUAUUUAACAGAGGAUACAAAGUAUUUGAAUUAUUUAUUUCUAUAAAAAGAGAGACAUCUAUACCGUUGGCAUGUUUGUGUGUUUUUUAGCUUAUAUUAGACUAUGUAUAUAAGGGGUUUGUUGCCAUUCAUCUUUUUCUUUUUUCCUUUUUUCUUUUUUAGUUUCAUGGUUGGUUCAUUUCACCAGUGAAAAAUCUCCUUUUGUGCAGUAUUUAAAAAUAAAAAAAAAGCUCUGUGGUGUUUUUUCAAUUGUUUAUAUAUUUAUCAAUAUUUGUUAUAAAGAAGCACUUUAGAAUUUUUGCUAGCGCUUUUAGAGAUAUGUGGUUGUGAAAGGUAAAAACUGGUAGUAAAUCAAGCUUAUUUGGUGUACUCUAUGUGAUGACUGUGUAUUCUUCAUGGUUUUGUCAGUUGUGCCAAGACUUGAAGCACCAGCUCUUCUGCAGAGUCACAUGACCCUAGACUACGCGAAGUCACAUGGUCUGUCGAACCAAAAGAGCAAAAGAAACCACUCACAGCCUGGUUAGUGGUGUCUGUGGAACACUUAUAAAGAUACUAUAGUCAUUAACAUCAGAGUGGUCCAAAAAAUGAGCUCAAAACAUCUCCAUUUUUUCUGGAAUUUUGAUGAGUAGCUUGACGUAUUUUAUUCUAUUUUUAUAUAGAACAUUUAAUGUGUUUAACGUUUAGCGACCAUUCUUCGGAAAAUAAGUGUUUGAUUUAUAAUAUUAAUAUUAAUAAUGCAGUGUGUGUAUUUAUGCAUCUUUAUUGUAGGAAUCAGCUAGAGUAAGUAGUUAUAAAACUUACUUAGAAUGUUCUAAAAAGUAAGGGGGGGUUGUAACUCUUGAAAUCACAGUAGGUUCAUAUUUUGAUAUUUACAUGCCGUAUUUGCGUUAAUACAAUCAUCUCCUAAUUCUAAAUAACAAAAGCCAAUUGAGAAAUUAUAUUGUAGGACCGCUUCUGCUAAUUUAACCAGGUAUAGCUGAUUGACAAUUACUACUGUACAUUGAGUGCCAUCAUUUCUGCUAUUUGGAAUCCCUUCAUCAGAAAUGACAGCAGCUUGAAGCUGUACAGAACAUCAAGACAGCAAGAUCCCAAUAGUUCUCUGCACAGCUAUCAGAAGUUAAAACUGGGCUAGCGGGCUGUCUGAGUAGCAUUACCUGACAAUGUUAAAAACAAAAACACACCUGUAACAUUGUGCAUAGCUGUCACAUAAUAAAAUCAAAUCAAAAACUAGCCAGGAAUUCCCCACUCUCCCCAAAAGGGUCAAGCAAUGGUAGCGUGGAGCACAGAAGAUAGUUUUUCUUAGAGAAUCGGUCAGCACGCUGUAGCGGUUGCAUUAGCAGAACAAGAGACGAUCUUUAAAAGACAACAGGGCUCUGCCUCCCAGUGUAUUUCUAUUACUGUAUUUACAAGGGAAGAGGGUUCCUUGUGUUGGUGUGUUUGUCCUCUUUUCUUGUGAAUACCUUGUGAGGAUGAAAUAUGUAGCUAAUGAUCCAGACAGCAGUUUUAUCACCUUGGCAGUUAAAGGCUCUGCUUUAAUCUGAAUAAAGCCAGCUCACGUCGAUUGGGUUAUAAUGGGCUUUGACGGCAUUAACAGGAUUAAUAUAGAGUAUGACAAGUAGGCAGAGAUAUUUUGAGAUCAUUGCUAUUAUUAGUUUUUUUUUCACAUCACAGUGAGGGCUGUGGGUAGCUAUGGAAACACCCUUUCCCGUUCCAGUUUGGCAGCUUGUGCUGUGUCUUCUGGGACUGCCAUGCAGAAGAGCUGGUGCCAAACUGUUUACAUUUGUGUAGAUGUUGUGGCCUUGUUUUGGUCAUCUACAUCAAACCAUUGCACUGAGAACCUCAAUCAGUUACAUUGCAACAUUGCAUUGUUAACCUUCGUUGUUAAGUGUGUGGUGUAUUACGUCUUUCACAAAGUAAAAUACAGCACGGUCAAGGGCUUUAUGAAUGACAUGACCUUGUUGUUAAAAUCUUGUUUGUUUAUAUUUACUGUAUAAUGUCUUCUUUUUAAAGUUACCUGUAUAAGAACAUCUAGGGUUUGCUGUAUGCUUAAAAAUUCAAAUUAGCAUGGCUAAUUACGUUUUUUUCUCUGCCAAUAUACUGAACUAUACAGAACUAUGUCACAGACAGGUUGAAAUCACGGAAAUAAACCCUUAGAAAUUGCUAGAAAGGCCUCCCUUAGCAACAGUACUGUUACAUCUGUAUAGUAACAAAAGCCAAUUUUACAUGCAAUUUUAAACACAGUUAUUAUGUUGAUUGUUUUAAGGUCUCAAAAAAGGUAACAGUAAUUUUGAGCCGUAUUGAGGCGGAUUAUUGGUGAAAUCUAAUCUUUUAGGACCUGUUUUUAAACACAAACUACACUCCACACCUUUGUAGGUGAAGCAGUUGGUUCAGCUGUGAUUUAAAACAUUGCUUCUCUCAAAAAUUACUCAGGGAUGUGAAAAACAAGACUAGAUUGAUCACUUCACCUAAAUCAUAUUCCUUCACAGCUACCACACUAACAUGGUGUGUCUACCAUACAAUUGUGUAAUGUACCAAUGAUGUCUUGAAAAAGUAUCCUUAUGUAAUAGGAAAUUAAGCAUGAGUCAAAUGUACUGUAUGUCUCCCAUACAUUUUCUAAAUCCAGUACAGUACCAUGAACAUUUCUAAGCCUACACCUAGUUUUAUGAGUCUUAGUUGAUUUCACUAAAGAUUCAGAUCAAAAUUAAAAUAAGACAUACCUUAUUAUUGAAGGACAAUGUAAUAUAUACAUGUAUGUAUACACUACCGGUCAAAAGUUUUAGAACACCUCCAUUUUUCCAGUUUUUAUUGAAAUUUAUGCAGUUUAAUGUCUCAAUGUACUCUGAAAUUAAAGCAUAGAACAAAUAAACAAUUGGAGAUAAAAAAUAAAUCAUGGAAUCGUUUUGUUUAACAAAGUUUAAUCUAAAUUUUUGACUCAUCAAAGUAGCCACCUUUUGCAGAUAUAACAGCCGAACACACUCGUGGCAUUCUUUCUACAAUGGAAAUCAAAUAUUGUUCGGAAAGUUCUUCCCAACACUGUUGCAGAAGUUCCCACAAAUGUGUUGCACUUGUAGGUUGCUUUGCUUUCACCCUUCUGUCCAGUUCAUCCCAAACCAGCUCGAUGGGGUUUAAGUCUGGAGACUGUGCUGGCCAUUCCAUGAUUUGAAGCCUACCGUCUUGUUCUUUUCUUCUAAGGUCGUUCUGACAUAGCCUGGAGGUAUGUUUUGGGUCAUUAUCUUGCUGUAGGAUGAACCCCUGACCAACUAGACGUAUACCAGAGGGUAUUGCAUGGCGCUGCAAAAUGCUGUGGUAGCAGUUUUGGUUCAGGGUGCCACUCACUCGCCGACUGCGAGUCGCCGACUCUGGAUCCAGCAAAAGAGCCCCAGACCAUCACGCUUCCUCCUCCAUGUUUGACAGUUGGUGUCACACACCGAGGAACCAUCCUUUCGCCUACUCGACGGCGUACAAAAACCCUGCGUGAUGAACAGAAGAUUUCAAAUUUUGAUUCAUCGGUCCAUAAGACCUUCUUCCAGUCUUCAGUAGUCCACUGGCGGUGCUUCAUGGCCCAGGCAAGCCCCUUUUUCUUAUUUUGCCAUCUUAGCAAUGGCUUUCUUACUGCCACUCGACCUGUCAAACCUGCAGCUCGAAGUCUUCUCUUCACAGUUGAAACUGAGACUUGCUUACUUCGACCAGUGUUAAGCUGUGCUUGAAGCUGUUGUCCUGUGAGCCGCCUAUCACCCAAGCUGUUGACUCUCAGAAACUUGUCUUCUGAUUCUGUUGUGGCUUUGGGUCUGCCAGACCUCUUCCUGUCAGAGUUUCCUCCAGUUUCCAAGUGCCUUUUGAUGGUGUAGGAAACUGUACUCACUGACACCUUGGCUUUCUUUGCAAUUUCUCUAAAGGAAAGACCUACACUUGUAAGGGUUAUAAUGGUCUGUCUGUCUUCCUUUGUUAAUUGCCUUUUUCUCACCAUUAUGAGAGCAAUAUACUACUUCCUGCAGUACAAUACUGUCCAAAUAAUGCUUAAGAGGGUGUAGUAACACAGUCUGUUCCAACACUGCUUUUAUACAAACAGAGGGUUUGUAAGUAAUCAACAAAAGUUGGGACACCUGUAGGAAUUGUUAGCAUCAACUUUCAAGGCUUAAUUUACUUCCAUUGCUGCAGAACAGCUGUAAGUUGUUAACCCAUUACUUGUUCCCUGAAAAAGACCUUUUUGUAUAACUCUGAAAUGUACAUUAUUUUUCAGUUUUUGGUAACCUAAACUUUUUUUUUUAACCUCUGGCAGUUUACCGCUUACCUUUGUACCAUUUCAGGUUAUUCACUGGACCUGAACUGCUUAAAUUUCAAUAAAAAACUGGAAAAAUGGGGGUGUUCUAAAACGGUAGUGUAUAAUUUCAUUUAUUUCAUUUAAGAGGAGAAGUGGAGUUCACAUCAGACAAUGUAGACAGAAUGCUGUUAGGCAAACCUAGAGAUUUCCUGUACAGGACACUAGAAAAAAAAAAAAAAAAAUAUAUAUAUAUAUAUAUAUCCAACAAUCAUGGUACUUUAAUCAAUAUGCCUGCCUACUGUAGUGGAAAUACUACUACUAAUAUUUUUUAAAACCAGUCCUGUCGGGGAUCUGUAGAAUUAAUCCCUUUAUAAAUAAUCAACAGGAUAGCAUGCACAUCAAAGGUAAUGAAAACCCAACUGAGUCCCUGGAUUUGCCUCAUAGCCUGGCUGUUUAUGUGAUAGAAAACCACUCCAUGCUGCAUAGGAGAAUCUAAUCACAGGACUCAUAAACCACAGCCUGCACCUUAUGCCACAAGACCCUUUGAAAAUGACUGUACUUCAUUGACUCUCUGAUGCAGUGCAUUCAAUAAUUUAUUAAUUACAGUUCUUGCAUAAUAUUUACCAGUUCUUGCUAUUUAUCUUACUCUGAAAUGGUGCUGGUAGCAGUCCACUCUGUACAGGUGUUGCGUGCCUAUAUCUAAACCACUCAAUUAUGUCGUUGCAAGUAAAGAACAUGUUUUGCCUAUUUACAGUUGUUUGUAUGGUGAUAAAAAAAAAAUAAACUAUUGUGAUAUCAUUUCCCAAACGUAUUUGCCAAAAAAUAGCUGCUCCAGCACAACUGCAAAUACAUUUUCGGUCAUGCUUGUCGACUGUAGAUCUUGAUUUCAUAAAUUAGACUCUGUGUUUUUCAUCUUUAUUUGGAGCUGAUAAAUAAUGAUACACACACAGUUUCAUAAAGAGAGCGAGACACAAUAAGAUUGAACUGGUAAAUUUACCAAAAACUUACACUCAAUCAAUUGCUAUUUUAAUAUUGUUUAUAGAAAACAACCUAGAUUAAACAAUCCUACAGAAAAUGUCUAUGGGAAUAAUUUUUUUACACAGAUCCUUCUAAAAAUCUUAUAGGUUCCAACAGAACAGUUUGAGGAAUCCUAUGCACUUCUUAUAUAAACCCUAUACAGUUGUUAUGGGAGUACAGUACUACAGAAGUGUUAUACGAACCCUUUUAAAAAUCUCAAAGGAAUUGUUUAAAAAAUCUCAUUGAAUUCCUUUAAAAAAUCCUAUAACAAUAUUUUCAAAAAUUUGUAUCUUACAGACAUUUUGUAGGAAUAUAGGAAUUACAUUGUUUUAAAUGUACCCGUGCACAAACCACUCAUUUGAGGCCUUGCUUCAAAUCUACCCGUGCACAAACCACUCAUUUGAGGCCUUGCAUCAAAUCUACCCGUGCACAAACCACUCAUUUGAGGCCUUGCAUCAAAUCUACCCGUGCACAAACCACUCAUUUGAGGCCUUGCUUCAAAUCUACUCGUGCACAAACCACUCAUUUGAGGCCUUGCAUCAAAUCUACCCGUGCACAAACCACUCAUUUGAGGCCUUGCAUCAAAUCUACCCGUGCACAAACCACUCAUUUGAGGCCUUGCUUCAAAUCUACCCGUGCACAAACCACUCAUUUGAGGCCUUGCUUCAAAUCUACCCGUGCACAAACCACCCAUUUGAGGCCUUGCUUCAAAUCUACCCGUGCACAAACCACUCAUUUGAGGCCUUGCAUCAAAUCUACCCGUGCACAAACCACUCAUUUGAGGACUUGCUUCAGCUCUUGCAGCUACAUGUACAAUUUUGGUCUAUAAAAGCAUGUAUUUUGUUAAAGAUGAUUUAUUUUCCCUAGAAGCUACUACAUAAUUUGUGACUGUUUCAGCUUUAAAUUGCAAUCCCCUAACAUCAAAUGUUAUUGGAAGUACUAUUUCAAGUUAAAAAUGUCAUGUAACAUGCUCAUUUUUUAAAUUAUAGCUACUCUUUUAAAAUGACAUGUUUCCAUACUGUUAAAAGUUAUGUAGAUGACACCCAUUGUGAUGUAGAGAUGGGUGGAUUGUUGUAGCAUUUAAAGGAUACAAAAGGUUAGUAACUCCAUGCAUUAAGACGUAGUUAACAAAUAUGUUAUUAUGCAAUAAUAACUGGUGAUCAAUAUUUUCAGUGGGCUCAUCCAGUUGAUAUUUCCUGUCCAGAUAUUAGGGGAAACACACACUUGUUAACACUGUCAACAGAGCGCGACCCCAGCGCUAGCUGUCAAACUGAAAAGAAUUGCAACCGUAUCUCACAUAAUUGCUGUCUUCUCUCACUCGCUUCUCAUCCGGGACAAUUGCUCACCAGAGAUAAUAAAAAAUACUGCAUGGGGUAGUGUGUGAUAAAUGAGAAUUUAAUGCCCACCCUCCAGGUGCUACAUAAACCCAGAGGGUGAAAUUCAAGGGGUUUAUCCAAGUAUCCCACCCCUUUGGUGGGCAUUCAAUUCUCAUUUCACACACUACCCCAUGAAUUAAAGAGAAUCGUUUGGUGACAAAAGCAUACAGUAGUUUUGAAAAGUCACUUAAACUGUACACUGUCCACACUACUUAACUAAUGCGUGUUUACCACAUGUUGAAAGUGUGAUUGUAAAAAUGGAGUGUGGAUAGUGUAUUAGUUUUUUUUUAGUAGUACUUUGUAUCUUAUGCUGUACAACAGUUCUAUAAUUGUGAUUUAAAGUUGUAUGGUAAUUGAUGCUUUUAUAAUGUAUGAUUUUACCACAAGGCUGAGAUUAACUUGUAAUGAAUUAUCCCCAAAGGUAUUUAAAGGCUUUGUACUAUAAUUACAUACAUAAUUCUGGUAAAUAUUGUCGAAACUGCUCUAUAUUCUGAAGAAGUUAAUCUAUUUCGGCAUAAUUACGUAUUAUUGUAAGCAGUGUAAUCAGAAAAAAAAAGCUUUGUUAUUGAGCAAUGGGAAUAUAAAUUUCUCCCUCAGGACAGAAUCAGUCAAUCUCAUAUAAAUGCCAUUCCGGAAUGUGUUUCGAAAAACUCAAGUUGCCAUAUUAUGACUGUCUGGCUUUUUAUUGUACCGCUUUAUUCAAAUCGAGCGUCUGAUUUCAUCUAACCUGUGUGAUAAUAGAGCACCUGUAGAAGCACUUGUAGAAUUUGCUGCUCUUGUUGUGUAAUAAACUGUGCAGAAUGCAAGCAAAAUAUAUUAUUGACAGAUGUGUAUCGCUUAUCAUUUUGUGGAUACAUGUUCAAUAAAGAUUGUGAAACAAA